GACAAAAGCUAGUAUACUGAACUCAACACUUCAUUGACUGAGUCCUGACCCUCAGCAAUGCCUGUGAUACAAGAAAAGCAACAGAAUGUGGCUCCCAGAAGAGGAGCAUGCAGCAACUGUGGGGAGAACCUGGAGUAUCCGCAAGGCAGGAAUGCGGAAGGUGUCUGUCGGUGUUUCUACACCGUUAAUGAAUCCAAAGUAUCCCCAGUCCAGGGAAUUCACAAGAGGGAUGAACGGUACAAUGGUUGUCGAUCCGAUAACCAGAGGAAAAGAGAGCCCAUGCAUCGCGUUGGGAACAUUGAGUUCAAGGGAUCUGGAAAGAAGCGAGGCAAGUUUGUGAUAGAGCACUGCACCACAGACCCAGCAGCCCUCUAUGAGGUUCUGACGGAGGAAUGGAACCUGACACCCCCCCACCUGGUAGUGUCGCUCGUGGGGGGGGAUGAGGACUUCCAGAUGAAGCCCUGGCUGAGGGACACUUUGAGGAAGGGGCUCGUGAAAGCAGCGCAGAGCACUGGUGCUUGGAUCGUCACCAGCGGGCUGCGUGUCGGCAUCACCACACACGUAGGAGAGGCAGUCCGGGAUCAUUCACUGGCCAGCACCUCUUCAAAGGUCAAGGUCAUUGCCAUUGGAAUUGCACCAUGGAAAGUGAUCCGUGACAAAGAGACAUUGCUCACUGCUAUGCCCGGCAAGCCGGCAUUUUAUGAGACAGCUGAGCAGCCAUCUGGCUCAUUAUAUUCUCUGGACAGCAACCACUCUCAUUUCAUACUGGUGGACGAGGAUGAGAGGCACAAAGAUGGAACAACUGAGAUGAGAAUCAAACUCCUGAAACACAUCUCUGAGCAGCGCACAGGGUAUGGAGGAACUGGUAUUGAGAUCCCUGUACUUUGCUUACUGGUACAUGGACAACCACAUAUUCUUGAGAGGAUAUAUAGGGGGAUGUUGAACUCGACUCCCUGGCUCAUCCUGGCAGGGUCUGGGGGGAUUGCUGACAUCCUGGUGGACAUGAUGAGCAGACCCUGUGACCCUGAUUAUGUGCAGGAGCAGCUGCAGGAGAAAUUCCAUACAGAAUUCGCAUGGACGGACAUCUUAAAAUGUACAAAAAUGAUUCAGAUUAUCCUAGAGCACCGUCACCUCUUAACCAUACACAACCCAGGACAGGAAGGAUCUGAGGAACUUGACACGGUCAUUCUGAAGGCACUGGUAAAAGCUUGUAAAAGCCAAAGCCAAGAAGCCCAGGAAUAUCUGGACGAGCUGAAGCUGGCUGUAGCGUGGAACAGAGUGGACAUUGCCAAGAGUGAAAUCUUCAGUGGAGAGGUGGAAUGGCGGCCUUGUGACCUGGAAGAAGUCAUGAUGGAUGCCUUGGUCAGCAAUAAGCCCGAUUUUGUGAAGCUUUUCAUUGACAACGGGAUGAACAUGUGUGACUUCCUGACAUACAGCAAACUCCAGGACUUGUACUGUGCAAUCCCUCCGAAGUGCCUUCUCCACCAACUCCUGCAGAAGAAACACGAGGAGACCAAACUCUCCAUAUCAGCGCGGAAUGACAGCAUGGCAGAUUCCCUAGAGCAGAAACCAAAGUUCACUCUGUAUGAGGUCUCCAGAGUGCUCAAAGACUUCCUGCACGAUUCCUGCAAAGGAUUUUACCAGGAGACCACCAAGAGAGGAACAAUGGAAAGAGCCAGUAUAAGUCGAGUCAGUCAUGUGCAAAAGGCCUCACUUAACAUGAACCAAAAAUGUGAGAAUCCGUGGAGGGAUCUCUUUCUGUGGGCAGUCCUCCAGAACAGACAGGAAAUGGCCAACUACUUCUGGGCUACGGGCCCGGAGGCAGUGGCAGCAGCUCUAGCUGGCUGUAAGAUCCUGAAAGAGAUGGCUCACCUGGAAUCAGAGGCGGAGUCUGCUCGUAGCAUGAAGGAGGCUAAAUAUGAGCAAUUUGCACAGGACUUGUUCAGUGAAUGCUACACCAACAGUGAGGACAGGGCCUUCGCUUUGCUGGUCAGAAAGACAAAGUCCUGGAACAAAACCACCUGCCUAGACCUGGCAACAGAAGCCGAUGCCAAGUCCUUCUUCGCCCAUGAUGGUGUUCAGUCUCACUUGACGAAAAUGUGGUGGGGAGCCAUGAAGUCAGACACCCGGAUUUGGAAACUAAUGCUCUCAUUCUUCUGUCCUCCUCUAAUUUACACCAACUUAAUAACAUUCAGUGAGGACGAGCAUCACACAGUGGGUGGAGCGGAGCAGUUUAAAGAACUUGACAGCCAGGAUAGUGAGAAGGCAAUGCUGCUCACGCAGAGGCAGAACAGUGACACGAUCAAGCCUGAAAAACAGGUAACGGCCAGCAAUAACGUCUACAUGAAGUUCCUGUUCUCAAGAUGGAAGAAGUUCUGGGGUGCCCCGGUCACUGUGUUCCUGGGCAAUGUCAUCAUGUACUUUGCAUUCCUCUUCCUUUUCACUUACGUCAUCUUGGUGGACUUCCAACCCCCUCCUCCCUACGGCCCGUCCAUCCCAGAGAUCACCCUCUACUUCUGGGUCUUCACCCUGGUGUUGGAGGAGCUGCGACAGAGUUUCUUUACUGAUGAAGACACCAGCAUCAUAAAGAAGUUCAAGCUCUAUGUGGAAGACAGCUGGAACAAGUGUGACAUGGUGGCCAUCCUGCUGUUCGUGCUCGGGGUAUCUUGCAGGAUGGCAGGGUCUACGUACGAAGCAGGCCGUACAGUCCUGGCCCUAGACUUCAUGGUGUUUGCUCUCCGGUUGAUUCACAUCUUUGCCAUCCACAAGCAGCUGGGCCCAAAGAUUAUCAUUGUGGAAAGAAUGAUGAAGGAUGUCUUCUUUUUCCUCUUUUUCCUGAGCGUCUGGCUCAUUGCCUACGGAGUGGCCACUCAAGCCCUGCUGCACCCCAACGACACGCGGGUCGACUGGAUCUUCCGACGCGUGCUUUACCGGCCCUACCUACAUAUAUUUGGACAGAUCCCACUGGAAGAGAUUGAUGGCGCUCGCAUGCCAGAGCAAAACUGCACCAUCGACCCCAUUGAGAUAAUGAAAGAAACAUUUUCUCCGUGUCCUAACCUAUAUGCAAACUGGCUGGUCAUCCUAUUACUGGUCAUCUUCCUCCUGGUCACCAACGUGCUGCUCCUCAACCUCCUGAUCGCAAUGUUCAGCUAUACCUUCCAGGUUGUUCAGGGAAACGCAGACAUCUUCUGGAAGUUCCAGCGCUACAACCUGAUAGUGGAGUAUUUCAGUAGACCUUCCCUGGCACCGCCCUUCAUUAUCAUCAGCCACAUCUCUCAGGUUAUCUGCAGCAUGUUCAAAAAUGCCGAGCCCAAGCAGGAGCUCUUAGAGCGAGACUUUCCAGAAGGUCUUGAUCAGAAGCUUAUGACCUGGGAAACCGUUCAGAAGGAAAACUACCUGGCAAAUCUGGAGAAAGAAAAGAGAGAGAGCAGUGAGGAGAGACUGAAGAAAACCUCUCACAAGGUGGAUUCUCUUUUAAAGAUUAUUGGAGGAUUUAAGGAGCAAGAAAAACGACUAGUGACUGUUGAGACGCAGAUUAAGUACUGCAGUGACGUGCUUUCCUGGCUCGCAGACUGUUUCACACAGAGCAGCCUCAAGUGUAACAGAGCAGCUCCAAAACACUCAAGUUCCAUGGUGAGUGGUUCGAAGAAGCAGCAGAGGUCUAUGGCUGAGGAGGAGAGCACUGCCAGAAGGACAGACAUUUUGAUGACUGACUUGAAGUACAUUGAUGACUGACUAUGUAAUACAAACCAACAAUGGACCAAUGAAACACAUUUGCACUGAAGGAUUAAAAACAAGGGUCAGUUAUUAACAAGUGUAGUAACUCUAAAAAUAAAUGUAGUUUUAAUGUAGUUUUGUGGAAACCUCCAAUUUAACCAACAAACAAGGGUCUGUAAGAUGGGAUUUUACCUACAAGUGAUGUCCAGAAAUGAAGCGUUUAUGGAAGUGGUUUCAUCUUUAAUGUAACUACAGCACAGUACCAAAGGGUAUAUUUCUAGAAGCUCUCUUCCCUAAUGCCACAAUCCUCUGUAGGCCCAGUUGUGCAAUUUUGAUUAUUUUUAAGCUUUUUCCAUUUUUUAUGCAAGCACAAUUAAAACAACUUCAGUCUUCAGUAUGUUUAGCUUUGUGAGAUACAUAUUAUUUAAAAGAUACAUAUUAAAAGAUGAUAUUCUUGAAAGAGGCUAACAGAUGCAUUGACUUGAUUGGAAUGCAGCUCAGUCUGUUAUCUAUCAUAUCACCCAAUGUUUAAAACAUAAUUCUGUCAUUUGUCUCAUGGGCUAUAACAAUGGAAAUUUAAAACAUGUUUAUAACGAACAUUAAGAUCAUGCAUUUUAUUACAACAGGAGUCAGUAAUUUACCAAUUAUACUAUUAAACAGUUUUCACCAAUGAAAUGUUAAGAUGUCUACUUCACAAAGAUAUACAAAAUUUGUAAGUUUAUGUGAAUGAAAGAAAAAAGGUUUGUGAUUUUUUUUUUUUUAAUUGAAUAUUUUAUCAAUAUGAAGAUGCACGCUGAAUACGAGUGUUUGUGAAUGAUGCUUCAUGUACUGUACAAUGUGUCUUUUCAAAUGCUGCUCAAUAUUUUUAGGUUAUUAUACUCAUGGUAAACACAACACUUAUUUUCAAAAAUUCCCCUUUAAUAUUAGACACUUAUUUUACAAAGCAAAUAAAUGAAGAGUAACACAAUUGUUGUUUUUUCUCCGAUAAAGGUUUCAUGGAGUACUGUAGUUUAAGGAUUGAUUGGGUUGCUUACAUCCAUCUUCAUGAGUUCACAGCACUCCUUGAACACUCAUGGAGUAUUCUGUUUAUAUAAUAACAAGGAUCAUGGAUAUAAAAUACAGCUGAAAUCAAUGAAGUACUUUCCUUAUAUAUAGUCCUGCAUCCGUUUAGCAGUGUGGUCUAAUUUGGAACACUGUGGUGUGCCCAACGAUUUGAAGUAUAAAUCCGGUAUAAAAAAAAAUACCCAUUAUAUUAUAGCGUUGAAUGUGAAAAUGUUACCUAACGUUAGAACUGUUCAAAGCAUCAGUGCAAAUAUCAAGGCAAGCUUUAGUUACUCACCUGUAGGUGUUUCUCCCUCCAUGUGAUAUCUCAUUCAUUGACUCUCAUGUCACAAGGUCCAAAUUAAAAAAGAGUUUAGCAACUAUUAACUGUGUGAGACCCAGUUCUUCCUCUGGCACAGCUGACUGCACUUGCUGUAAUUAACUGCUUGUGUUUGUUUCUCAACCACUAAAUUUAGGUGGCUGCCUGGCACUAUUCU